AUGCUUCUCUCACUCUCAUUCGUGAGAGGGCAAAGCUUAAGGGGGGAGCUUGUGCGUGCUUUAGGAGGCGCUGUAGCAUCCACUUCUCUUUUGGGUAUUCUUCUUGGACAUAACUCAUCGUUUCUUCAAGGGCCUGAAGAAGGUAUCUAA